GAAGUGGCUGUAGGAGUAGCCUGUUAAAAAAUCUGAGCCACUGGAGUUACUGGGUUGAACCUCUUUCUGGCUGCUGUGCAGAUUCCCAUUUUGGGGUGCUUGGUAGUACAGUCACAUCUUUGGCAGCCGGCAGCUACUGAUUGUGCAGGAUUUCCCUGCCUGGGACUCUCACUCAAGCAGUGAUGCUGCAGAUCCUCUGGCACUUUCUGUCUAGCCUAUUUCUCAAGGCUACGUGCCAAGGUCCUACAGAAGGAAAAGAGGAUAAAGCCAAAGAGAUGACCCCAGUUCCAGACCCAGGGGACAAGGGCCCAAAGCUGUUGGGGAAGUCACAGGACAGAGGAACUGAUUCUGCUGAAAGGAGACCAACUAUCUUGCUGGUGGUUGGACCCGCGGAGCAUUUUCCACAGAAAAUUGUAAAAGCUGGAGACAAGGACCUGGAUGGGCAGCUGGACUUUGAGGAGUUUGUUCACUAUCUCCAAGAUCAUGAGAAAAAACUGAGGCUGGUCUUCAAGAGCUUGGAUAAGAAGAAUGAUGGCCGUAUUGAUGCCCAAGAAAUCAUGCAGUCCCUUCGUGACCUGGGAGUCAAGAUCUCUGAACAGCAGGCUGAGAAAAUCCUCAAGAGAAUAAGGAUGGGCCAUUUCUGGGGUCCUGUCACCUACAUGGAUAAAAAUGGGACUAUGACAAUUGAUUGGAAUGAGUGGCGCGACUAUCACCUGUUGCACCCAGUAGAGAAUAUUCCUGAGAUCAUCCUGUACUGGAAGCACUCCACGAUCUUUGAUGUGGGAGAGAAUCUGACAGUCCCAGAUGAGUUCACAGUGGAAGAGAGGCAGACAGGGAUGUGGUGGAGACAUCUGGUUGCAGGCGGAGGUGCGGGUGCUGUGUCCAGAACCUGCACAGCUCCCCUGGACCGGCUGAAAGUGCUCAUGCAGGUCCAUGCUUCCCGCAGCAACAACAUGUGCAUCGUUGGUGGCUUUACCCAGAUGAUCCGAGAGGGUGGACCCAGGUCAUUAUGGCGUGGGAAUGGCAUCAAUGUAUUGAAGAUUGCACCAGAGUCUGCUAUCAAAUUCAUGGCCUAUGAACAGAUCAAGCGGUUCAUUGGCAGUGACCAGGAAAUACUGAGAAUUCAUGAGCGACUACUGGCUGGGUCUCUGGCAGGGGCAAUUGCACAGAGCAGCAUCUACCCGAUGGAGGUUCUGAAGACACGAAUGGCCCUGCGCAAAACAGGGCAAUAUUCAGGCAUGCUGGACUGUGCCAAGAACAUCCUCUCAAAGGAAGGAAUGGCUGCUUUCUACAAAGGCUACAUCCCGAACAUGCUAGGAAUCAUUCCAUAUGCUGGUAUCGACCUGGCAGUCUAUGAGACGCUGAAGAAUGCUUGGUUGCAACGCUAUGCUGUGAACAGUGCUGACCCAGGAGUCUUUGUUCUUUUGGCCUGUGGCACCAUGUCUAGCACCUGUGGGCAGCUGGCCAGUUAUCCUCUGGCUCUUGUGAGGACACGCAUGCAAGCUCAAGCUUCAGUUGAGGGAGCGCCACAGGUGACAAUGAGGGGACUGUUCUCACACAUUCUGAAGACAGAGGGUGCUUUUGGCCUGUACCGUGGUCUGGCUCCAAACUUCAUGAAGGUGAUUCCAGCUGUAAGCAUCAGCUAUGUGGUUUAUGAAAACCUGAAGAUGACCUUGGGGGUGCAGUCUCGGUGACAAGGACUUUAAAAUUGGAAAUCUUGGGAUAUGAUCCCAAGGUGUAUAGCCAUCUCAUUCUGCGAAUGUGUCAACACUAAGCUGACUAAGCAAAGCUGUGAAAUCCCAGAUCAUGCGUGUCAGUGGUGGCAAGAAUCUGGUGUUCUUUGUCAUCUUGCUACUUAGGGCACUGCAUAAACCCAUCAGGUGGUCCUUCAGAUGUCCAAGGGACCAAUUGGGAAACUGGGGGGAUCAACUCCCAGGUGUGUCUCAAACUGCAUUGAAACCGGUUCCUAGGAGGAUGGUGGUGCAGGGAUUUGGGAACAGGUCUGCUUUCAGCAUCUUACACAUAGAAACAGAGCUGCUAGCCUGGAGAAUGUAGCAACUUCCGAGUCUCUGAAAGGGCUUCUGUUUCUGUUCAGUUGUUAACCUCCUACCCAUUGUUUAAAUUUGUAAAGACUUUGUGUAGGAGUUGCUGCCUCACCGGGCUUAUUUAUUAUGUUUACACAUCUUCCUUGGGGUAGGAGGCAUCCAUGUUCUGCUUCCAAGACUUGAUGACAUGAAACAUAACUUUAAACUAUAUUGGUUUAGGGGACUGGUGGGCAGUGGUGGCUUUGAUCUGGCUGAAGGCUACUUAUGCCAGCCUAGUGAAGAACUAGGUUUAUUUAUUUUUAUAGGUCUUAUUGAGUGUGUCUCAUAAACCGCUAACAAAAUGCACUUACUAACAGAAGCAGCAGACUAGAGCCUGCAUGCCUGCAUUGUUUGCAUGCCAGAUUGGCUUGUCUUGUACCCAGCAGGAUUUUGAAAGGGGGGAAGUCAGAGAGCCCUAAAUGGACUGGCACCUUGAUGCAUGGCUUUACUGAAUAACUGACACUAUUCUACUGCUCGUGUCCAUGUGUACCGGUGUGCCCCCAGCUCAGUGGGAGGAGCCUCUAUGCUGCCUGUUCAGCAUUGCAUGGAGCCCUGACACUUUUCAGCCUGUUGCUGAAGCUGGAUGCAGUCUUCCCCCAAACCGUGGGCCAAAGCUGCUAUCUGUCUCUCUCUUUAGAUCUCUUUGUAGAAUGGGAUUUUACAUUUGAGGGCUGGAGCCUCUUGGCUAGAAGGUUUGCCGUGGGCAGGGGUGUUAGGGAGAAGAAUUAGCUGACGUUGAGAGGAAAGUAAUCUUCAUCACAGGGUUGAAGAUGACUGCUUGCUUUUCUUCCAGAGGGUGCUUUUCAUAGGGGGAAGGGAAAGAGAUGGCUUUAAAAUUUCUCUGACUGUAUGUUAUGCGCCACUUUAGGAUUAGGCUCCUGGGGCCUGAAAGAUCCUCAGGCAAAUUUUCAUUUGAGGCAAAAUGGACCAGCAUCACAUUCCACUGUUUCACUGCUUAAAGCAUAUUUAUUUUGUAUUUAUUUGAACAGAGUUAUGUCAAACUAUUUUUAUAGACUUGUUUAAAUAUUGUUACCAUGUGCUUGUAUUUCUCCUGUUUUUUAAGAAAAGGUUCUUUAUUUAUGUUCUUUUGGCAUCAUGCAGUGGAGCAACAAGGGAAGAGACUGAGCUGUCAAUAGUGCUCUCUCCCUUCAAGGCUUUAGCUGCCUUUCUUACAUCUGUGGCUGUGGAUGGCAGACCUCAGUCAGUCCAGAGAAAUUCCUGUAGCAAGAAGCCAUAGGAUGGAAUGGGACUGAGCUACAAAACAGUCGAUUGGGAUGGGGAUUGGGAGGAGUAUACUUUUGAGGCUCACCUUAUUUUGGAAUCGUCUCACUUGUAUGUGUCUGGAAGGACUUUACAUGAAUGGUUUGAGUUUAGGAAUGGAAGGUCUGUGUAUGUUGAGUGUUACAUUGGCUAAAGGAGAGAGGGGUGGUGAGAAUUGUAUCGGGAGGGAAAAAAUCUCAGGGAUUUAAAAAGAGAAGCUGCCAGUUCCCCAAAACAUGGAAGGAACUUUACACUUGGACCCACACUGUUAUAGCUCUGUGAAACUGGGCUGGUUGAUGCACUGCAGAGUCCCAGUGCUCCUUGCAUACAAGCAUGCACUGGGGAAGUUUGUGUGUGAAAAGAUGGGAAGGGCUUUCUUAGCACUCCCAGCAGUUGCUCUCUACUUGAUGGGCUUUGGCAAUGUGGAGGGCCUUGUGUUGUUAGGUACUCUGCCUAAAUUAUCCAGUGCUGUCAGUAAUAAACACUUGAAAAAUCUAAUUUUGUACCUGGAUUAGCGAUAUGAUUUCUUUCAUUUUACAUCCCCUUUGAGACCAGCUGUAAAAAUCAGCAGUGACCCCUUCUACCAGUGUGACUUAAUGGGAAUAUUCAGAAUGCAAAAAUCAAUGCAAAAUGACAACUGUCUUUGUAGCUGUAACCAGAAAUUGUUCAAAUGGAAAUCUACUAAUGAGAUUCUCUGUGUAGGACACAGUCUGCUAAUAAAGGUCUUUCAAAGAGA